AAAAAACAUCAAAACCAACCUUACGAUAGAAGCUGAGUAAGAAAUCAAUAAAAUGCAAUAAUUGCAUUAGAUUAAGGGGAAAUAAAGAGCAAAACUUAGCUGGAUGAGAUUGAACUCAAUUUGGACCUAAUCGACCUUGACAAAGUUGGUGUCUUAGGCCUUGAGCGUCCACGGAAGCAACACGAUCGUCAGACUUGGGAGGCUAAACACUAUAGUGGAAGGGAUUAGGCGGCGAUUUUGGAAGUCAGGUUGAGAUUUGACAAUCGAAGACAAAGACUAAUGCCAGACUUUAUAGAUACUUAGGUUUAAGAGAUGGAUAAGAUGAUUUGGGUUUUGAUUUGUUUCCUCAUUUAGAGGCCAUGGGACAUUUUGAAUAAAUUGGAGAAGUAGGUGGCAUGAAAACGUCCAACGGCAAUGGGUUCCAGCAUCGAAAUGGUUCAACGACCAUGGCUUCAUUGAGAAGGAGGUCUGGCAGCGAUGAUGAAGAAAUAGGAUUUCAAUUUCCUUUCACUAGAGAAGGAGGUAACAGAAAAACACCAGGUGACAGUGGGUUCUAAGAGUGCCAUGUUAAAUCUAUCCAAAUCCUUAACACCUAAUCCCCUAUCCUUUUUACUAGUGCAUACUUUCUCCCAACUAACAUGUCACACCCCAAAACCCGAAUCCGAGGCGUGACAGACGCCGUGCACUCGUGAGACGGGUCCCACAAGUGCACAAGGCUCAAAACUUAUCCAAUUCACAAUCUGACACCAUCAAAAUCUGAAGAUAAAAUCUUAAAAACUAACAAUCCACUAAAUGAAUUUACAAUCUCCAA